AUUCUGGGAAUUGUAGUCUCCAUGGGCAAAUAGGGGCUUGAUUAGCGUGGUGUGGGUCUGUAGCUUAUGAAGAGAUGAAUGGGAAACGGCCAGCUGAGCCCGGUCCUGGUCAGACCGGGAAAAAGAGAAAGAAGGAGGUGAUGGCGGAGUUUUCGGACGCUGUCACGGAGGAAAUCUUGAAAAAGCAGGUGGCCGAGGCUUGGAGCCACAGGACGCCGUUCCGUCACGAAGCCAUUGUCAUGGACAUGGACCCCUUUCUUCACUGUGUGAUCCCAAACUUCAUCCAAAGCCAAAACUUCUUGGAAGGGCUUCAGAAGGAACUUCUGAAUUUGGACUUCCAUGAAAAGUAUAAUGAUUUGUACAAGUUCCAGCAGUCUGAUGAUCUGAAGAAGAGAAGAGAGCCUCACAUCUGUGCUUUAAGGAAAAUUCUGUUUGAAGAUUUCCGGACUUGGCUUUCUGACGUUUCCAAGAUUGACCUGGAAUCUACCAUUGACAUGUCCUGUGCUAAAUAUGAAUUUUCAGAUGCCCUGCUCUGCCACGACGACGAGCUGGAAGGGCGCCGGAUCGCCUUCAUUCUGUACCUGGUUCCUCCCUGGGACAGCAGCUUGGGGGGCACCCUGGACCUGUUCAGUGUUGAUGAACACUUUCAGCCGAAGCAGAUUGUCAAGUCUCUUGUCCCUUCGUGGAACACACUGGUUUUCUUCGAAGUGUCUCCAGUAUCCUUUCACCAGGUGUCUGAAGUCCUGUCUGAAGAAAAGUCGCGUUUGUCUAUAAGUGGCUGGUUUCAUGGUCCUUCGCUGACCAGGCCUCCCAACUACUUUGAACCUGUCAUACCUCGGAACCCUCACGUCCCGCAAGAUCAUGAAAUUUUGUAUGACUGGAUCAACCCUACUUAUCUGGACAUGGAUUACCAAAUUCAAAUUCAAGAAGAGUUUGAAGAAAGGUCUGAAAUUCUCUUAAAGGAGUUCCUUAAGCCUGAGAAGUUUGCAGAGGUCUGUGAAGCUUUGGAGAAAGGAGAUGUGAAAUGGAACAGCCGAGGGCCCCCUAACAAAAGGUUUUAUGAGAAAGCUGAGGAAAGCACGCUUCCCGACACCUUGAAGGACUGCAUGGCGCUGUUUCGCUCCGAGGCUCUGUUCUUGCUGCUGUCCAACUUCACAGGCCUGAGACUUCACUUCUUGGCUCCUUCAGAAGAAGAUGAAAUUGAGGACACAAAAGAGGAAGAAGCAGCCUCUGCUUCCGAAGGCACUGAAGAAGGGACUAGCUAUAGCUCCUCUGAGCCAGAGAAGAAUCAGGCGGCCAUCAGCAACAACAGCCAAAAGAGCAAUGAACAGACAGACCCAGAGCCAGGGGAAAACGAAGCAGAGAAAGAAUCAAGUGUUCCCACAUGUCAAGGGGAACUGAGGCAUUGGAAGACUGGUCACUACACUUUAAUCCAUGACAACGGCAAGACUGAAUUUGCCCUAGACUUACUUCUUUACUGUGGCUGUGAAGGCUGGGAGCCAGAAUACGGCGGCUUUACUUCCUACAUUGCCAAAGGUGAAGAUGAAGAGCUGCUAACAGUGAAUCCAGAAAACAAUUCUUUGGCAUUGGUCUACAGAGAUAGAGAGACUCUUAAAUUUGUCAAGCAUAUUAACCACCGAAGCCUAGAACAAAAGAAAACCUUCCCAAACAGAACAGGUUUCUGGGACUUUUCAUUCGUCUAUUAUGAAUGACAGGGCUGGACAAAGCUGAAAGGAGACCCUUCAUCAGUACUGGAAAGUCUGCAAGAGCUACAAGGGGACUUGUCUGACAUUGUUCUUAAAACUGAGUAUGGUGGUCCUUUACCAGGACUCACAAUGAUUGUCCUCAAUCUAAACCUUGAGCUUAAUGAUAUGCACUUAUCUCUUGAUUGAAAAAAAGUUUCUUUCUCUUUAACGUUGAGUUUUUCUUUGUCCAUAUUGACUUCUUCGGUGAUCUACAAAAAUUUGUUUUAUGGUCAGAUAUACAUGACAUAAAAUUUACUAUUUUAACCAUU